GACUGUGUGAGCAUGCAUCAAUAAAGAGCAACUGUCCUCCCAGAAAGAAUAUCUGUGUAAGCAGCUGAACUGCAUCAAAAUACCCAUAGCAGAAGACUUUCUGUCCAUGGUCUGCAGAGCAAGAAUGUCCUGGAAAAGAGAACAGUAGGAAGCAGCGAUGACAUCUAGGAUGGACCUGAUCUAGUGAAUUACCUUUUCAUCAUCACGCAAUCCAGCUCAAGCCAUACCUGUAGGCUUGAGAGCCCUCUUCAUUCACAAGUUCAGGUAUCUAUUUGCUGGCCUGGAGUGAUGCAACAUAGUAUUUAUACACUGUGAAGUGUUAACAUGACAACCAGCAGCCGCACAUGUCCUGUACCAGCUGUGAAUGGACAUAUGACUCACUAUCCAACAGCACCAUAUCCAUUGCUUUUUCCACCAGUUAUUGGUGGGCUGUCUCUACCUUCCCUCCAUGGACUCCAAACUCACCCACCGACUAGUGGAUGCAGCACCCCAUCACCUGCAACAGUUGAAACUCAGAGCACCAGUUCUGAGGAACUUGUUCCGAGCCCUCCUUCACCACUUCCACCUCCUCGAGUUUACAAGCCCUGUUUUGUCUGUCAAGACAAGUCAUCUGGAUAUCACUAUGGUGUCAGUGCUUGUGAGGGAUGUAAGGGCUUUUUCCGCAGGAGUAUCCAGAAGAACAUGGUUUACACAUGUCAUAGAGAUAAAAACUGUGUUAUCAAUAAAGUUACCAGAAAUCGCUGCCAGUACUGCAGACUACAGAAGUGCUUUGAAGUGGGAAUGUCCAAAGAAUCUGUCAGAAAUGACAGGAACAAGAAGAAGAAGGAACCUUCAAAGCAGGAGUCCACAGAAAACUAUGAAAUGACUGCAGAGUUGGAUGAUCUCACUGAGAAGAUCCGAAAAGCUCAUCAGGAAACCUUCCCCUCACUCUGCCAGCUGGGAAAAUAUACCACGAACUCCAGCGCAGAUCAUCGGGUUCGACUGGACCUUGGGCUUUGGGACAAAUUCAGUGAACUUGCAACAAAGUGCAUUAUUAAAAUAGUGGAAUUUGCGAAGCGAUUGCCAGGCUUUACAAGUUUGACCAUUGCAGACCAGAUAACUCUACUUAAAGCAGCCUGCCUGGAUAUACUGAUCCUUAGAAUUUGCACAAGAUACACACCAGAACAAGACACCAUGACUUUUUCAGAUGGCCUUACCCUAAACCGAACUCAGAUGCACAACGCCGGAUUUGGCCCACUGACUGAUCUCGUGUUCACGUUUGCCAACCAGCUCCUGCCUUUGGAAAUGGAUGAUACAGAAACAGGUCUCCUUAGUGCCAUCUGCUUAAUCUGUGGAGAUCGCCAGGACCUUGAAGAACCAGUGAAAGUGGAUAAGCUUCAGGAACCGUUGCUUGAAGCACUGAAAAUUUAUAUCCGAAAGAGACGACCCAACAAGCCUCAUAUGUUCCCAAAGAUCUUAAUGAAAAUCACAGAUCUUCGUAGCAUCAGUGCAAAAGGUGCAGAACGUGUCAUUACAUUGAAAAUGGAAAUUCCUGGAUCCAUGCCACCUCUUAUUCAGGAAAUGUUGGAGAACUCUGAAGGACACGAACCACUGACACCAUCCUCCAAUGGAAAUACUGCAGAACACAGUCCGAGUAUCUCACCCAGUUCAGUGGAUAACAGCAGUGUCAGUCAAUCCCCUAUGGUGCAAUAAGACAUUUUCCAGCUACUUCAGACAUUCCUAAUACCUUAUGUACAGGGAUGAAAAGCAAGAAAAACAUUUUUACUGCUGCUUAGUUUCUGGACUUAAUAUAUAUCUAUAUAUGUGUAUAUAUAUAUAGAUAAAAACUCAACAAGGACCAAUAAAUUUUCAUAUGUAUCGAUAUAUACUCCUUGCUGUUUAAACUCUUAAAACUAGAAAAUGCAAUCUUUUGAAACUCUAAAUCAGCCAUUUCAUGCAAAAAA